AUCCAAUGGACCUUCACCAGGGACCAGCCUUGGCCAAUGGGUGCGCCUCUCCGCGACGGUAGGAAGCGGCGAGGCGGCUUGGGGGCUGUUGUUCAGUCGGAGUCUGACUGAGGAGGCUCGGUGUCUGUGGCCAGCGAGGCGGUUCAGUGUAUCCUCUGUCGUUCCAGGAAGAGCUAAAGAUGGCUGAAUUUCUAGAUGACCAGGAUACACGACUGUGUGACAACUGCAAAAAAGAAAUUCCGGUGUGUAACUUUACCAUCCAUGAGAUCCAUUGUCAAAGGAACAUUGGUAUAUGUCCUAUCUGCAAGGAACCAUUUCCCAAAUCAGAGAUGGAGAUUCACACAGCUACAGAACACUGUCAGGUGACUUGCAAAUGUAACAAGAAGUUUGAGAAGAUGCAGUUAAAGAAGCAUGAGGAGACUGAGUGUCCUCUGCGGCUUGCUCUCUGCCAGCACUGUGAUUUGGAACUUUCUGUUCUCAAACUGAAGGAACAUGAAGAUUAUUGUGGUGCCCGCACAGAGCUGUGUAGCAACUGUGGGCGCAAUGUCCUUGUGAAGGAUCUAAAGACUCACCCUGAAGUUUGUGGUAGAGGGGAGGAGGAAAAGAGGAAUGAAGGUGCCAUACUUCCUAAUGCAUAUGAUGAGUCUUGGGGUCAAGAUGGAAUUUGGAUUGCAUCCCAGCUCCUCAGACAAAUUGAAGCUCUGGACCCACCCACAAGGCUGCCCCGAAGGCCCCUGAGAGACUUUGAAUCAGACCUUUUCCACAAUAGGACUACCAGCCAAAGGAACAUUGCAGCCCAUUUUCCAGUUCAGAAUAAUCUGUUUGAAGAACAAGAAAGGCAGGAAAGGAGCAGAGGCCGAAAGCCCCCCUCAGAGGGUGGCGAAGAUACUGCAAACUUGGACUUCAUGCUGGCCCUAAGUCUGCAGAAUGAGGGCCAGGCCUCCAGUGUGGCAGAACAGCAGGACUUCUGGAGGGCUGUGCGUGAGGCAGAGCAGUCUCACGGUGGCCCCAGUUCUCUGAGUGACAUAAAGGGUACAGCUGAUGAGACCAUGUUGCCUUGUGAGUUUUGUGAGGAACUCUACCCAGAGGAACUGCUGAUUGACCAUCAGACAAGCUGUAACCCUUCACGUGCCUUACCAUUGCUCAGUACUCCCCUGAGGCGGGUGGAGGAUCCUGAUGUCAUCUUCCAGAGCUUUCUGGAGCGGGCUACAAGUAAUCAGUUGGACUCUUUGAUGGGCCUGAGUGACUCACCCCCUGUGGAAGACAGUGUCAUCAUCCCAUGUGAAUUCUGUGGGGUGCAGCUGGAAGAAGAGGUGCUAUUCCAUCAUCAGGACCAGUGUGACCAACGUCCAGCCACAGCCAACCACAUGAUGGGGGAGAUUCCUCGACAGGAUUCCCAGCCUCACGAGACCUCCCCAGAGCUGCCCAGGAGGCGUGUCAGACACCAGGGAGACCUGUCUUCUGAUUACAUGGAUGCUAUCAAGCAGGAAGCAGCUAAAGGACCUACCUACCCUCUGCCCCCCAGCAGACCCAUUAAUAAUAUGACAACCAGCUGUAACCGACUGUCAAAAUCCACCUCUGCCCCCAGACCUGGGUACCAGCCCAGCCCUCCUCAUGUGCUGAAGCUCAACAACUCAGACAGCCAGGAUAUCCGGGGGCAGAACCUAAGCAGCCGGAAUGGGGCCCUGGCUGCUGGGUCUUCUCCAGUGAUUGACUCUGUGCGCAGCCUGUAUCCGGAAAACCUCAUGCCCUCUUUCCCCCGGGGACCUGCAGGGAGAUACGGAGCUAGUGGUAGGAGCGAAGGUGCCAGGAGCUCCCGAGCCACCCCUGCAGCCACUGACUACCACAGCAGAACUGCAAAGGCCAAGCCCCCGAAGCAGCAGGGAGCUGGGGAUGCAGAGGAGGAAGAGGAGGAGUAAUGGUGUCUAUGGAGACCCCUCACCUGGGUCCCUACCUUCUAUGCAUAGCAGCACUUGCCAUGGGUCAGGCCCCACCUCCCUGGCACUUUGGGCAGGGAGAUUUUCCACAUUUUUAACUUUUUCUAGGUUAUGGCCAUUCUGUGUCUUUUGAGAUUGUGUUGUGAGAGUUUGGGGUUUGAGGGAGGGUUAGCAGGGAGUCGGUUGGGAGCCACGUUUCAGCCUUAGCUGCCACUUUGGGCAGCAGUGAUUACAGAAGUUCUGGCCUCUCCGCCCACUGGGGCUCUACCUUCUGAAAUACCAUCACCACUGCUUCUUGGUGCUUUGUGGUUCUGGUGGAAGGAGAGGAGAGUUCUGGAAUUCUGCAGCGACCAGUGAAGUGAUUGACUUCCCUGUGGGGCGGGCCACUCAGUGGGGCGUCUGGGUGACCUGUCACUGCCCUGCCUGCUUCAGACUGUGGGCCUCCCGUGGGUGGAACAGCUCUGUGAAAGUGCUCGGGCUGGUGGCACUGCUAGGAAGGAGGCCUUUGCAGACAAGUUGACCCAGGAUGUGUGGACUGGGGGUGUGUUUGAAGCUGCUUCCUUGUCGUUUGGCAUCACUCUCUGCUCUUGGUAGGAAUUGUGGCCCCUUUGUCCUCACUGUCCGCUGUGGAGAGGGUAAGGGCUGCCUGUCCCUGCUGGGCCGUGCUGGGCCGCAGCCCCGAGCUUCCUCUGAUAGCCAAAUGUGCGGAGCCUCUUUCCCUUCUUUUUAUUUUACUAUUAUAAUUAUUAUCAACCUCCUUGUAAUAGAAAUAAAAUUUGUACUUGGAGUCCAGCUAA